AUGAAAUUAAUUCGUAAAACUCAACGUAUUCUAAAAUUUCUCUCACACGAUUUUCAAUUGAGCCACUACAGAUAUUGUCACAAUGUAUUUGGAAUAAAGGACCUGCUACAACCUGAAAAACAUGACCCAUUAACGAUAAAACAAAUAAGGAGUGAGGAUCAUAAUGCAGUUAUAGAUAUAAUUAAACAGUAUUAUUUGACUGAGCAUGUGUUUGUACAAACAAGAAAUAUGGACCUCAAAGAGGAUCGUGCAAUUGAUGAAUAUAUCGCUAUGUUGCUCAAACAAGGUAAUUCAAUGUAUGCAAGAGCUAAAGACGGCGCAGUAGCUGGACUAUGUGUAAACUUCGCUUCUAGUCCAGUCGAUCCGAAAAAUCUCAGAAACUAUGCUUUUUAUCGACAGGAUCCGAACACCAAAGACUUUCUCUACUUUAUAGCGAAAUUGCAAGAAACACCCAAUUUAUGGAACAUUUACAAACAACCGAAAAUUUUCGAGAUUAAGAUGCUCGCCGUGCUUCCGGAGUUCCGUCGUCAAGGGGUAGCUGUGACGUUGGCUGAAAAAGCGAAGGAACAGGCCCAGGACCAAGGCUAUAAUGUCGUCAGAAUGGAUUGUAUUAACCAGUACGACUUCAAGAUAGCAGAGCGCUGUAUGAUGUCAUGCCUUGUAAAGUUUCCAUUGCACAAACUUAGAGGACCAAACGCGCCUUUCAUUAAACGAAACUCCGAACACAAUAGAUGUGUGCGUGUGUAUGUACACGCACGCAUACACACAGAUCGGGAUAAAGAAAUAAGAGGACGAGAUGAUUUCGAGAAUUUAUUAGAAUAA